UUCACCAGUGCACUGAUCCAUGGAAAAAGUCUUAUCUGGAGGGUGAUGUUAUGUAAAUGUCGAAGUAUUUUUUCAUUGUUUACACUUCUCACUAAAUUAAUAUUCUCCUUUAAAUUUGCGAUGUUGAGAUAACGUUAGCAUUACCAGAUCAGGGAAAUUUAUUCCUGAAACUUCUCCCAAAACAAAAAUAAAUGCAUGGACGAACGAACGAACGACCUCAUGAACUCAACCACAACGCGAUACACACGACUUUUAGUCAGAGAUCACGUCGAAUUCCAACAUGGACGACGAUUUCGAUAAAGACACAUUUAUACAGGCUAAACUUGGUACUAAACAACGUAUUGCACAGGCGAAACUCAGAGUGGCUGAGAAAAGAGCUCUUGAAAUUGCUGCAAGACAUGCAGAAGCCGCCACUACUCCUUCUCCAUCACCACUUCCCGCAUCGCCCUUUAUCAGACCCUCUGCACAAUCCAUUUCCAGUUAUGCACCAGAAUCAAAUGCCCUCCUUCGCUCGCCGACCACAGAGGUCGAACGCGUGGAGCGGACCAAUUCAAUCAAAGAACUAUCGAAGAAGAUCGUUGCCGCAAGGAACUCUGAGCUCCAUGAAUUGAUCACGAAAAUGAUAUUAUGCUGUCCAGGAGCAAAAGAAAUGGCGGAAUCCUUUUUUUUAUCCAAUGAAGCUCAAAGCGAUGAUGAGGAAGUCGUUAAUAGAGGGAUAAUCCACGCAGCAAGACGAGAGAAUGGAGAGGGGCAUAAUGCCAAUCACGUGACAUACACUGUUGAAGGCGCCGUGGGUACUGAAUUAAAUGAGGGCAGAAUGCGAGGAGAUACAUUAGGGGCUCAAUCAAAUCCUAAUGGUCAGACGCAUGUUCCAGAUCAGCCAACUGAUGGCCUGAACACAGCGCAAGAAGAUAAUCCAUCAGCUUUAUAUUUAGCCAGUCAUCCCAAGCACAACUCGAUUUUCCGCAACAGUGAUGCACAUAGGCAACUGGAUCUCCAGCAACAAGAUAACCAAUCGGACUCCAUGCAAAUAGAAGAAAUCGUCGAUAAUCAAGCCCCCACAAACAUUGAUGAAAAUUCACAAAAAGACGACACGGCAACCGCUCAGGGAGAGUCAGAAACAGCAUUGGCAUCAGAGACCGCCGAAAAAACAUCGAGUAAUCCGAUGAACGAUGCUCUUUUAGGAAAUGUUUCGGACACAGAGAUUAUAAACGCACUUGUUGCCCUUCCAAGUAACAUAACCGAAUCACGCGAAACUAGUGCCUUUCACACCCCCUCUAGGGGAACCCCUCAGAUUUCACUCCCGGAAGUCAGCGAGAAUGUGAUAGAUACUGGCCCUAGUGAGGUACUUACCACCGAUAUCAUACAAGUAGUGAAGGAUAUUUCAGCUAGAUAUGUGAAUUUGGCUCGGGCUUUUGGUUCUGGAAAUUUUCCUUUCGACAAACUUGCAAGUAUCGCGGCUGAAACUUCACGCAAUGAAUCCGCAAAAGAAUUUUCUUUUGAAUCAUUCAAAAAUAUUGUUGAUAGUGUUCGGAAGAAUAUCGAGACAAUGCAGGGAGCUAAUGCCAACAAUGUGGCACUAGAAAGCAUGACACAAUCAGUUCGGGAAGUUUCCAGUGACCUUGGCAGUCCUAUUCCCAUGGAUGCAAGCGGACAGGAAUUGGCAAGAAACCCCGUCUGUAAGGAUGGCAUAAAUUCGGCAAUUCAAGAAGCGAUAGUCAGCGCUGAAUCAACAGAUAGCGAGGAAGAUGAACAUGUCGACGUUGCCAACAUAAUAAGCAGCCACUACAACUGUGAUAGCUGUCGAAAACCGAUUGUGUUACCUGAGGUUUUCAUUGUUAGUCUAGAAAAUCCAGGACCGACCACAUGUCUCCAUUGCAAGACUCGAAAAGCUUCAGGAAUCAUUCGUAGGAAGUUGGGGUCAAGAGUUCGAUCGAAUAUUAGUAUGGAAGUGCCCACUAGCGAAAGGGAUAAUCAACCUACACUUGAUCAAGUAGGUCAUCGUAGUUCAGAGGAUUCAGAGACAGCGAAUCAACUUCCAAGAACUGUUCCCGACAACUUGGGGUCACUAUCCGAAUCCUUCUCAGAGCCGCUUCCGCAAUCUGUUCCGGAGGUUCCUGAAGAACCCCUAGUUUCAGUAGAGGCCGGAGAAAAUGACUCCGGUGGAACGCCGCAGGGUUUCGGACAUAUCGAAGGAGAUAAUAUCAAACAUGAAGGUCGUGGAGAUACCAUUAUUGUCGAAAUUCCAGCAUGGCGCGGUCCUACAGGCCCACAGGUGCCUACGGGUCAGACUUCAGCAAAUGGUCAGUCUCUAUCAAGUUUAGGAAAACGUAAGGUACGAAGGAUAGAAGGCGAAGCUGUUUACUCCUCUCCCAUAGGUCCGAAACGAAGACGUGGUAGACCCUCGAAGAAUUAUCAAGCGAUUGUGUCAGACUCUUCGCCGGCAAGCUCAUCUCCAAUUUUAAUCGCAGCAUCAAACCAAAGUACGCAGGCAACCUCUACUCUCAAGAAAAGAGGUCGUCCAUUUCGAGUCAAGUUGGAGACAGGGGAGCCGAAUAAGGUAAUGGAACAGACAUGGGAGCCAAAAAACCCAGAGGAAUAUACAAGCGCAAUCAGACCAAUCAGUCAGCGUAUGUCUGCAAAAAAAUCUCGAGAAAUUACACAAAAUCAAUUGAGCGAGCGGCAGGAUCUCAUGGAAGAUCUCGUGCAAGAUGGAACGCAAGACGUAACGCGAGACAUAAAUCAUCACUCUAAACCCACGAAAGAAACCUUAGCCAUUAAUCAUUCAGAUAAUGGGUCUAUUCCGAAAUCUCGGGCAGCUCGCAGACGCAGACGCAAUAAAAAAUUAAAACAUAAAAAAAAACUUAUGGCAAUUCAACGUGAUUCUGGUUCUGGACAUUCACAGGCGCAAGCGUCGGAAUUUCGGACUGGAAGCAAUCUAAUGACUGGAACUAUGCCAGAUAAUAAUAUAACUUCCACUUCCCUCAGUGACACAUUUUCAGCUGAAAUGGACGUCCAGGGACCAGCUACUGAGAUUCCUGUCGGUAGAGGGGAGCAAAGUGAAAGGAAUGGAAACCUAAGUUUUAACGGAGAUCAGGAGAUGCCUCAGUCUAUUUUGGAACAAGGAUCUAGAAUAUUCAAUGGGAAUACAACUUCGACAACUGUGCGGGCCGAACAUGAUAACGUUGAUGAUAGAGUGACAGGAUCUUUACAAGGUAAUAAAAGUGGAGUUGAAAAGGUAGUCGGGUCUAUUGCGCGGUCUAUGAAUGACAAAAGUCGGGCAACUUCCGGGGAGGGAAGCAAUAUCAUGAGGAACCCAAAUGAGAUAGGAAAUGAAUCGCAUAUUUCAAAAGAGGGACAGGAUAAAGUAAGAGAUUCAUCAUCAGAAGAUCCAAUUCCUGCCCACACAGAACCCCAUCGUACGUCACAUAAUCUACCUUGAUUGUAAGUCAUUUCUAACAGCUUUUCAGCCCAAAUUCCAAUGUAUCCUAGCAGCUUCCCCAAUAUAGAGAAUCAACAGCCGUCGCUAAUCGCUGAACCGGAACCCACUCAUACCACUACAGUAAGCUCACCCUACCUGAACUCUCUUUCACCUAUGUUCCUUCAUUCCCGUCCCUGUCAUCAUCCUAAGCCCUAACAUAAUGCACUACCUGUAUUCACUUCCCUCAGUCUUACAAAUAUAUCACAGCCCUCGGGUUUUUCAUCCCUUGAUUUCCAUUUUCCAAUUAUUCCAGGGCUUCAACGUAGGUACACUCUUCAAUCCUUCAACAAUUUCCCGUUCCAUUUCACUUUUUUGUCUUUCAUAUUCUUUCGUCAUUGGACAUAAUUACUAACCAAACACCUCAACAGACCCCUCUAAUCCCUAAUCGAUCCCAAUCAAAUACACCCCUUUUUGAUCCGGCAACAUCUUCUACGCGUUCUUUCGGUCCAGAUGCAAUCCAGCCGCAACCUUUACCUUUUUCGGUCUGUCGACGCCGUUCUUCACAAGGUUUCGAUCCCAUAACACCGUUGCCUCAUCCACUAGUAGCAAAUGCUUCAGCCUAUCCUCAAUGACCUUCACAAGAAGUUAGAAUAACUGCAUAUAACACAAGUCCUUUGGUUCCGAAUAUAGCGAAAUCAAACACUUUACCUCCUGCUUCUCGUCAUUCUCCUCCUACAUUUCCCUAAU